GUGAUUUUUGUUGGCAAAUGUCAUUCUCAUGGGUUUAAAAGGAUCGGCGUAUUUUCAAAUUCUUAUUUAUUUAAUAAUAAUUUAGUAUUCUAAUUAAAUUGAUGAGUGAUUUACUGUUUUGGGCGCUUGAAUAAUUUAUUGACGGUUUAUAAUAAGGUUAUAUAGAAGUCAAAAUAGGAGGUUAAGAUGUCGGUGAUAGAAUUUUUGAAGGAUCUUCCUUCGUACGAUGAGCACAACUUCACAUUAUUCAACACAGAUCAUGGUAUACGGAAUUGCUCUAAAAGACCUUCAAUAUACCUACCCACUAAGGAUAUACCUUCUGAACAAAUAAUUGUAACAGAAAAGACAAAUAUAUUACUAAGGUACCUACACCAGCAGUGGGAGAAAAAGAACAACACCUCCCCAAAGAAACGUGAUCAAAGCCACAUAGAACAAAAUGGUGAUGACACCCGACCACGCAAGAGGCCCUGCUUAAGUUCACCAUUUCACUGAAAAUGUUCUUACACAAUGAUGUGCUUCAGUUACAGACUUUGCGAAGUGUAUUGCCAUUUUACAAUAAUGUUUUGUAUAUCACAUUUUUAGGUCAUAUUAUACAUUGAUUCUCGAAACAUUGGUUCUUAGUUUUUCUGGAACCUACAAUUUCAUAGAUUAAAAUUGUCAAUAAUUCUUUUGUACACAAAACCUAAAUUGAAACUGAAAAAGGUAAGUGGUUCAAUAAGCUGUGAAACACACUGUUGUUUAUCUUUUGCCUUUUGUUUAGUUUUUUGUGUGCAUCAGAAUUAAACUAUUGGAUUCCAUGUAAAUUUUCCCGUGAUUGUUACAAUUAAAUGUAAUUAAGAAGUUAUAAUUGCAAAUUCAUUCCAUGUUAAUUUAGCUUUUACAUUUUAUGUAACAUAGUAACUUUGAUGUACCCUAGAUUUGUUUUAGAAGUACAUCCAAGGUUGGUAACAUCGAGGGAUGAUGAAUAUUAUUGAUAAUAAAAAUGGGUUCAGUAUUUAUUGAAUGUGGACAUCUUUAUGUUAGAGGUCAGUGAAAGUAGCUUUUUGUGUAUGAAAAAUUUAUUUGUGGCUUUAGAGUACCUAACUUUAUUUCAAAUUAUAUUUCUACUGAAUCUUGUUAUAGAUUUUAAAAUUGAUCUGCCAUAAUGGCAGAACUGUAAAUAUUUCAUAUUUUCGAAACAUGAUUUUAGUUAAUAAGUAAGGCAAAGUAAUAAGUAAGCAAAGUUUUAUAGAAAGUGCCUCUCUUAAGUUGAAUAAAAUUAUUGCCUUUUACUAU